GUGGGCUCGAGUACACGCAGCCGCAGAUCGUCGUUCUCCACUCCGAGGGUGCAUUCUCGAUCCUGUGAGAAUCCAAUCUUUGCAGCUGUCUUGGAUGGAAACAUAGACGAAGUUUGCAGCGCAAUUGAUGCAGGUUAUGAUGUUAAUCAACGCGAUGAAUUGAAGCGAACUCCUCUCUUCGUAGCUGUGGAAGCAAACCGCUUAGACAUUUGUCAAAUGCUUGUCGAGCGAGGAGGAGCAGUGAUUAAUGCAAAUUGUGGAUCUGACUGCAACACCGCAUUGCAUGUGGCUGUUUCACAAGAAAAUGAGGAAAUUGUGAGAUAUCUGCUAUCAAAGGGCGCAAGCAAGACGAUUCGUAAUCUUAGACAGGAAACACCAUCACAGUUAGCUCAACCCCGUUCGCCUCUCCGUUCUUUGGUAGAAAAGUACCGAACCCAUCCAAGGCAACCUUGUCAGUUUCAAUGGGAAUUACGUGCUGCCGAUGAUCUCAAGCUUAAUGAUCGUCGUUUACUUCCUGAUCUCGUACGUUUGGGUGGUGGUGAGAUUGUAGUGCGCGAGCCGCAAUAUAAGUCGAGCAUGCUGUCUCCGUUCCAUGCACCUCAACUCUCGUCACCAAUUUUCAUUGUUUACGACAUCCCUACAAAAUUCCAUCGAUGUCCGAAGGAAUAUAACAUGGUUUCAGCGCAGUGGGUUAUUGAGUCUGUCAUGGAAUAUGCCAUCAAGCCUGUCGCUUAA